AUGCGACGCCUCGCCGUCGUCCGAGAGGCGGUGAUAUGGGCCUUGGUAUUAUCGGCGCUGUACUUGGCGUGCGCCACCGCAUCAAGCGCGUCGACGCGCGCCGCCGGCACCGGUGGCGGAACAUUCUUCGUUCUCGCGAACGCUUUAUUCGUCGGUCGCUUCGCCGGUAUUUUCGCGUCGUUUAUCGCUCCGACCCCACCGUUGAGCUGCCAAAUCGUCGCGGGAAUAUUUUUGCGCAACGUUCCGUGGAUUAAUACGCGCGUGGGCGUCGCCACGCGCGAUGCGAGCGGGAUCGUUCGCACGGUGGCUCUAGGUCUCAUUCUCACCAGGGCGGGCUUGGCGCUGGACGCGGGAGACGCGAGGAGGCGGAUCAAGGACGUCGGAUCGCUCGCGCUGGUGCCGUCAACGAUGGAGAUGGUGACGUCGGCGGGGAUGGGGAUCGGGGUCCUGGGAAUACCCACGGCGACCGCGUUCGCACUCGGAUUUUUGCUGUGCGGGAUUUCGCUCGCGGUCGUCGUGCCGCCGGCGGUUCGAUUGAAGCGAGAGGGGAAAGGAUCUACAGUGUGCGAUUUGAUCCUGUGCGCGAGCUCGUUCGAUGGGAUUUACUGCGUCGUAGGGUUUGGGAUAUGUGCGGGCGUGGUCGGUGGGGGUGGUGGGGCGAGCUCGGCGUGGCGAGUGCCGGCGCAGCUUGCGGGCGGCUUGUUCGCUGGGCUCGCCGCGUCGCGAGCCAUCUCGCUAAGCGGGAUAGUCACUGCUCCGGAGCGAGCGUCGAGCGCGAGCUCAGACUCGGCAAUUAUCAUGUCUAUCGUAAUGUUAGCGCUCUUCGCGGCGAAGGAGUUGGGGAUGAACGGUGGCGGCGCGCUCGCGUGCAUCGUCUUUUGCGUCUCACUGGGGAGUGAGUGGAAAUCGCAAGGCUUGGAGAACGCGCUCAAGGAGACGAGCAUGUUUAUGAACGUACUUUGGAACGAGUUCACGGCGCCAUUACUCUUCGUCAUUAUUGGGAUGAGUUUGGAUCUCACCGCGCUCGAUGGUGCCGUGGCGGGGAAAGCGAUAGCUAUAAUAUUUGUCGGCGGCAUUGCGAGAGCGCUUGGAGUACUUCUCGCGACGCAGAGGAUUCCUUCGAUGAAUUGGAGCGAGCGAGCAUUCUUGACCAUGGCGUGGACGCCUAAGGCAACCAUCCAAGCCGCGCUGGCGAGCGUCGUUUUAGAUCAGGCGAAGGAUGUGGACGAGGAAAGCGACGGGCAAAAAUUGCUACAGACGGCGUUGCUUUGUAUUUUGAUAACAGCGCCGCUCGGAGCGUGGUGCAUCGAGUACUUCGCGCCGAGGCUGUUACGUCCGGACGACGAGAUGCCGGUCGUUGUUGUCGAGGUAUUGAAAUCGAAGGAGGAGAGGAAAGUUUAG